AUGAUAAUACGGGCGACUGCUAUGUUAGGCUGGUCAGUCGCCAGUUGGUUCCACCUGCUGACAACCAGCAUGCAGACAGAUCUGUUCUUUAAAGAAAUAGAACAAAUGAAGCUCAUUUGUGCUUAUGUUCAACUUAAACCGAGUAGCUCUGCGGAGAUAUUGAAACUGACGAAAGAAAUUCUGAAAACAUUGGAAGUUAGAGAUGCCCACGUUUCAGUGUACGGUAUGUUCUCAUUCAACACGGGCCUGGUACUGAAAAUAGCAGCCUCUACCUUCGUCUACAUAACUGUUCAACUUCAGUUAGCAUUUCCUAAUUUAAAAGAAGUUCAUAAAACUGUGAACGUUACACUACCGCCUGCGGAGUUUGAUUUUGACCCAAGAAAAGUCAAAGAAUUUUGGUUCUUGUAA